GGCCGCCUCUUCUUGCAUGCAUUCUCAUUCAUCCUUUGAGCGCCGGCAUAACUAACAGAUGCAGCAGAAUAACAUCAUCGAUCCGCCAUUACUUGCUACUUUAUUUUACUUUACACCGCGACUCUCUACGGGUUGCCCUUUAUUAGCCUGUCUGCUUUAUUCCGCUGGCCGGAAUCUCUUGGAAGGACAGAACUGCUAAGCUUCUUUAAUUUACAACAUUAUAUCCAUUUUCCAACUCGACAAACAACCCCCCUCCCCUUUAUCUUCCUACCACUCUACAUCUAACGAUACCGGGUUGGUCUCAAACACGGACGCAUAUUACGAGCAAUACCAACUACUCCUGCUUCUACUACUCCCAAUAUCAAAAUGGCAAAGUCCAACGUUGCUCUUAACCGUGCAGCUCUCAAUGAGUUCAUCUCUAUGCCUGUUUCAUGCGAGAUGAUAUCUUACCUGGCUAGACAAUCAUCUAUGGUUAUUAGAUGCGAGGAACGUGCUAUACGAGGACCAGUCACCCAGCAAGGCACUCUCACGCCGCCAGCGUCUCCCGAUCUCAAGGCAGCUGAAGAGCCUCAUCUUCCUCCCCUGCCACCAUUGGAGUCGUUCAUCUUCUCUCUUGUUACCCGUUCUCAUGUCGAGGUCCCUACUCUCAUGACAUCUCUUGUCUUCCUGGCACGUCUCAAGAACAAGCUACCGCCAGUCGCCAAGGGCAUGCGAUGCACUUCCCAUCGUAUCUUCCUCGCUGCUCUCAUUCUGGCUGCCAAAAACCUCAACGACUCGAGCCCAAAGAACAAGCACUGGUCUAGAUACACCCUUGUCAAAGGUUAUGAGGGCUUCGGUUUCUCCUUGCCAGAAGUCAACCUGAUGGAACGCCAACUUCUCUAUCUGCUCGACUGGGACACCCGUGUCAACGAGGAGGACCUCUUCAUCCACUUCGAACCCUUCCUUGCUCCCAUUCGCAGCCACAUCCAGGCUCAAUGUGACAUGGAGAUGGAGCGUGAGCGUGAGCGUGAGCGUGAACGAGAGCUUGCCGUCCGUGCAGCUCUAGCUCAGGCAUCCCGUGACCAAAGUCCUGCUCGUGGCCCUAGUGACUAUGGCAUGCAAGCUGGCAUCUACGAUUCUCCCCGUUCGAUCGCGGACAAUUCAAGUGACCGCAUUGCUCGUCAUAAACGUCGGCAAUCCCUGCAGCGAUCUGGUCGAUCUAUUUCCCCGCCUUCUGUCCUCGACCUGCCUGCUCUCGGUCACGCCGACUCCAACCACGGCUCCUCGUCCCGAUCUUCCAGUUUGACUCCCAGCUCCCGAGGAACGCCGGCCAGCAUCAACACUGCCUCAUCCUUUCAUGAGGUUGUUGUUGCCGACGGCAGCACGAGUCCUAGCUCUUCUCACUUGGCCUACAGCUAUGUCGACAUCCAGAUGAUGCGCCCCAAGCCCAAGAGUCAUGCGAUCAACUUCUCAACCGAGAUACAGCCACAGAAACGUGCAAAGACCGUUGGAUCAGCCACUGGAGGAAUCAUUUCUAGAUUCUUCGGCAAGGCCCGUCCCGUCGUCUAAGGCUUGAAAGAUUCCUUUUUGUUUCUUUUCCUUAAUUUUCCUUUGUCAAAUCAUACCAACCUCCUACCAUCAGUUUCCGACUCCUCAUUCAUACCUCUCAUUCCUACAUCAUCAACAAACUCCGAGCUGGACUCGUUAAACAUCCAGCUGCCCAUUACCAUGGCAUGAGCACAGAACACAGGCUCUAAUCUGGCUUUCCUAUCAUAUUUUCCUAACACUUUUUUUUCCUCUUGAUCUUCCCAGCUAAUGUACUCUGGCGACAUAUGCAUCUAAAAGGCGUUGAUUUUUGGGGUUUCAUGCAUUUUUCUCAUUCGUUUCGUCGUUUUUAUAGAGCAACACUCGCUUUCUAAUGCUCUUUGAUCGAACAUCCAUGGAUGUCUACAUGUUUAGCAUUACUACACUCUUUCCUUAGUACACUUCUUACAGAUUGAGUAGGUAAUCUGAUCUAGAUGAAGUGAUGAAGUUUCUGCUCCAGCUUGCCUUGUUUACGGAUGCACCUAGCCAAUCGAUUGCAUGGCACUAGUGCUAGUCGUCUUUUUUAGGAAG